AUGACCACUCAUGUUCCUACAGAUACAUCAAUAUAUGAGUCGGAAACACCACCACCACCAAAUGUACUAUAUAGAUAUCAUAAAACUCCGAUACAGGUUUAUUCUAAUAGUUACACGGUUUACGAUUUUCCAUUAGGUGCUUAUAAUGCGCUUCCAUUGCAACGAACCGAACCCGAUUACUGUUACAUUAAAAAUCUCAAUAAUAAAGAAACCAAAAAAGGUGGAUUAUUUGGAUCAUUGAGAAGGAAAAAGAACAAUAACAUUAAUAAAAAGAUGACCUUUAAUAUUAGCCAUAGUAAUAGAAAUAGUAUCGUUUAUGAGGAAGAGAUUAGAAGAUAUUCCGUAUGA